AUGGCCACCAACAAAUCCCAGUGGCUAACUAUCUCCAUCUCACUGGCCCUGGCUUCUACUGCCAUUUCCUUUUGCCUUUGGAGAAGAACAAAGUCAAAUUCAAGUGGGGAUGUGAAUAAGAAAAUUCAUGAACUUGAAGCCUCUAUAAAGUCUGCCUUAGAAAAAUGUGCUGCUGAGAGACAAGGCCGGAUUAGAGCUCAACAGGCAUUGAGGAAAGCACUGAGCGGACCUAAUUCUGACAAUCUCAAAUUGAAUUCAUAUCCCAUAGCACCUAUUGCCACUGUCCAGUCGUGCUUCUCUACAAGGAAUGGGACACCAAGACAACCAUUACUUGUACCUCUUGCAAGGGCAUCCUUGAUUUUUGAUUCAUCUCGGGUUCCUCCAGCAUCGCUCGAGGGUCUUGAAGGAUAUUCUCACUGCUGGAUUAUAUAUGUGUUUCAUCUAAACACAGAUCUUGAAAAGUUAUGGAAGCCUUCAUCGCAAUCAAAAUUCAAGGCAAAGGUAAGGGUACCAAGACUCAAAGGUGAAAAAAUGGGAGUCUUUGCUACGAGAUCUCCGCAUCGUCCAUGUCCAAUAGGGUUGACUGUGGCGAAGGUGGAAGCUGUACGUGGACAUAUGGUAUUACUUUCUGGUGUUGAUCUAGUCGAUGGUACACCUGUCCUGGAUGUCAAACCUUAUCUGCCGUAUUGUGAUAGCAUCCUAGGAGCAACAGUUCCUGAUUGGGUGAAGGAGGACCAUUUGCUAACCGUAGCUUCAGUUAAGUUUUCUGAAGGUUUCUCCUCCAGUCUACUUGAUUGUUGGUCGAUGGUGGAAAAAAAGUCACUUUAUGCAUCUCCCAAUGAAUUUGAGAGCUUGAUAAAACAGGUGCUCUCUUGGGAUAUUCGGUCCGUAUCUCAACGAAGCCGACCUCAUAAUUUCCUGGUCAAAACCGAAACUGGCAGCACAGUGGACGAUGCUUCGACGAUGGAACAUUACCAAGAAGAUGAAGCUUUGGAAAAUGGAUCCAGUGCUGUGAUUUAUCACCUGAUUUUGGAAGGUUUGGAUGUUUCAUACAGGAUAGGUUCCACAGCCAAUGUUGUUGUUGAGGAUGUCAGUAUUUCAUCUCAUACACAAAAUGGUGAUCAAAUCAUUGGUUGCCAACGUUACACGUCUGGCCCUGAACUUUGCUCAGAUAUCUAA